CCCCGGCAACUUUUUUUGAUUCUCAACGCUCAACCAUUCUUUCGCAACAUCCAAGCUGCUCACCAGAUGGCCUCCAAUCCCGGAAAGAGGAAGGAAACUGCCUCAGGGCCCUAUGGCCCAACGGGAGGCGCAGCUCGACGUGCCAAAACCUUCGAUGCGCGCCAACUCGCCGUGCAAUCAACCGAUGCCGCCCUCUCCGCAACGGGCGAACUCGAUGUCGCCGCGUAUGCCUCCGCACGAGCAUUCGAGAUCCAAGCCUUAGAGGACGGAAUUCAGCGAUCAAAAACUGCCUUGACAACGCGGGCUUUUCAAAAAGUCCCCCGCGCCCUACGACGUCGAACGGCAAGUCACAAUGUGAAGCGGGUCCCACAGAGGUUGAGGGCGCGGGCGAAGCGUGAGAUGAUCGAAGAUAAUACCCCGACCGUCACCGCUAGAAGACGCAAACCAACGCAGAUCAUGCGCAUCCGUCUUGAAUCUGCCCGACGCCUGCAAAACCUCAAUGCCAGAACGAAGAACAAACGCCUCGCUGCGAAGAAUGUUCGAGAUAAAGAUUCCACCACCAAAUUGACGGAAGAAGGUAGUCAUCAAUUCAACAUCGCGCCGCGGAUCCCCAAAAUCAAAAAGAACAAACUCUCGAGACCUCCGCCCGCCGACGCAAAAUUCCGCAAGCGCCAACAGUGCAAAACAUGGCUUCCUACCCACUUGUUCCAUGCGAAACGGGCUCAUGUCACGACGACGAAGAACCCCCUAUGGCGAUUCGCCAUUCCCUUGUCGCCUACCGAGAAGAGCUAUCGGCCCACACACAGGACACGCGGUGCUCGAGGUGCCAUGGCGUGGGACAUGAGCUAUAUGUCUACGAUACAGCUUGAAGGGUCGGAGAGUUCAAUUGAGGCUGUACUUCUCGCUGUUGGUAUCAAUAGUACAAAGGAAUCGGGCCCCAAAUUAAAGAAGUGGAAAACUGGUACGAGAUCACAUGAAGCCUGGGCCUUUGAGAUGAAUCACCCCACGAGGCCAACUGCACCAGUCACCAUGAUCUGGUGCGCUCUUCCAAAAUUGGAAGAUGUGGUAAUGGCCAACGCCCAUGAGAGUUCAUCUGUUCCCAAGAUCACUCGACGAAAGCUUUGGGUUCGCGUUCAUCCCUCUGCCUUCCUGCAACUUUGGAAUGAUCUGCUCGAGGCAUCAAAGCGUCAGAGUCCGCCCGUUAUGGUUGAGGAUCUCAGAUUCGAAAUCGGAAGCAUUGAGAUUACUGGUCCGGGCUCUACGGAAGCAUUAAUUGCUGCUUUGCGACCUUCCAAAGGGCCCGAUAGUCAGCUUCCAGCCCCACAGAGCCCAGAGGCAAUCUGGCUCGCCCUAUUGGGAGUAUCGAAUCCUUCAUCAUUGCCACAAAACGCCCUCUUGUCUUUCAAUAUUUCCGACCCCCGACUUGAGUUCCCUCCCCGAAAGCUCGAUAUUCCAGACAGCGAAUCUCAUAUGAAUGAUCUCGCCGUCCUACUUUCCAAGUGGUCGCCAGACCAGACACAGGGACCUUCUUCAAUGUUUGAUCGCCCUAGUCGCCUAAAAGCUGCUCGUCAACUCCCCAGCCAGAAGGCGAUAAAUCGUCGCCGUACUCUCUCGGGUCCCGGGAAGUACCCUGCCCCAAAGUCGACAGACCCACAGAUUCCAGCAAUCAUACUUGCAAACCGGUCACGAACUCAUCUGAAGCGAAACUCCGCACCCGGAUCGUGGACUGUGCUUCUGCCUUGGAAAUGCGUGCCCCCGGUGUGGUACUCCCUCAUGUACUACCCACUCUCAAGUGGAGGCAUUCCACGAUUCGGAGGUGUAAAGCAACAGCAACAGCUUGCCUUUGAAGCGGGCGAAGCAUGGUUCCCGGGCGAUUUUCCCGGUACCCGGGCAGGGUGGGAAUGGAAUCAGAACGAAGCCGAGAAAUCUCGACAGGAGUGGGAACGACGACCCAAAGGCCGACGUGUUGAAUAUGACAGUCUUGUUCUGGGCGAUGGGCACCCAAAGGGGGAGAUUGGACGUGGCUGGACCUGCGAUUGGGAGAAACUUGUUCAAGGUCCAGGUCAAAAUGUCACUGAAAACGCCACUUCCCUCAGCAUAGAGGCUGACAGAGUCAAGCCCGAUGUGCCAUGUGCCAGCAUCCCGCCAUGCGACCUUCACAAUCUCCAAUUUGCUACAAAAGACACCAACAAAAUCCUUUCAAACCUCACCAAACUACAAACUGCAUCCGCGGCCCUCUCUACCGUACAUGUCUCGCUAAUUCACCGCGGCACUCCCACUCCCUGCUCGCGAAUUUACCGUCUACCUACAAACCCUACGCUCCGGCAAAAAUGGUUGCAAUUGGCUUUAGCAGCCCAGAAAUCUGGUGGAGGGAAAGUCGGAUCCCGCAAGCCCUCUGAUGUUUCUGACGACGCAGCCCGGCGCCAACUUACCGAGUCACUUAUCGCCGCCGUACCUGAAGACUCCCCGUUGAAUCAUCCAGAGAUUCCCACAGCAGAUGAUCUUAUCGGGUUUGUCACCACAGGCAACUACAACUUAUCCGAAGGCAAGGGAACUGGCAUUGCCUCAAUUCUAUUGUCAAAGGUCGCCGAAUCCAAUGCCAAGCUCUCAGAAAAGAAGCUUUGCAUCGUUCGAUCUGCCGGAGAGAAGGUCGGCCGAUUAGCAACCUGGGAGAUUGUCUAA